GGGUCCUACGCAUGUUCGCGUUUCCACUUCCUGAAAGCGUAAAGAUUGCAGCAAGUAAUUAGACAGAGGACUGGGUUUACAUUGAAAACAAUGGCAAAUAAAAACAAUGUAGCUGCAUUAUAAAUGCUUAGGUGCAGAUUCCACACGUCACAGACAUGAAACUGGCUGGACACCGACAAAGAGGGGAAAUAAAUUAGCUUUGCUGCCAGCUGGUGAAUUGGAUUCAGAGAGCCACGUCUGGUGGGUAAAUAAAUAUAUCUAGGACAGUGCACUAAGUGCGAUAUUAAUGGUAUAUGCUCCACUAUGGCCAUCACCCGGUUCCGUUUAUUCAAAAUUUGCACUUGCCUUGCAACAGUGCUCUCUUUCUUUAAAAGAUUGAUAUGCAGGUCAGGAAGACAAAGAAAGCUAAGUGGAGAUCAGAUAACCCUUCCAACUACAGUGGAUUAUUCCUCAGUUCCCAAACAGCCAGAGGUGGAAGAAUGGAGUUCAUGGGAUGAAGAAGCGCCCACAAGUAUUAAGAUUGAAGGAGGCAAUGGUAGUGUAGUCUCUGAGCAAAAUGAUACAGAAUCAGAUGAGCCUGAUUAUUUCAAAGACAUGGCACCAACAAUCAGGAAAACACAAAAAAUUGUCCUCAAGAAGAGGGAACCAUUAAAUUUCACUUUACCAGAUGGCAAUACAGGGUUCUCUAGCAGACUCGCUGUUACACAGGAUGUUCCUUUUAAUGUGCCAUCUGCAGAGCUGGGGGAUUUAGAUAAUUGGCAAGAAAACUCAAAUGCCUGGGAAGAUGAGUCUGAUGCCACUUGGGAAGCUGAAGAAAUAUUAAGGCAGCAGAAAAUGGCCGAGAGGGAGAAAAGAGCUUUGGAACAGCAAAGGAAGAAGAUAGAGAAAGAAGCCCAAAGACUAACUAAAAAAGAACAGAAAAUUGCUGUAAAGCUUUCAUAACAUUUAAGGAUCUGAAAGACAUGGUGUACUGUAAACUGGAAAAGUACAUGCUUCCCCAAUAUGAACAGUUAUAUUUCUGUAGAUGAUAUAUAGUUUUUACAGUAGUUCCUGUUAAUAACCUGAUGUUCCUUGCAACCUGCAGUCCAGCAACCAACAUUAAUUCAAAGGUCAGCAGAAAUAGCUUGGUUUACUUGAUGUUUAUAAUGUUUGGAACAUGGCAAGUAACUAUUUUGGGGAGGUACUUUCCCAUGUUGUUGAUCUUGCAAGACAUUUCUGUAUAAACACAAUUUUACCAUGAUGCUCUAUUACAUGUUCUUCAGUUAAUUUAACUGAAACUAACUUCAAAUUUAAUGUUAAGAAUUAUACAUUCUUUUAAAAUUUGAUUUUCAGCAUAUAUGCCUUAGUAAUACAAAACAAUGUUUCUAAAUGUACAAAAUGUAGAAGGUUUUACAUAACCUCAAAGACUUUGUCAUCCUUUAAACCUAUUGUGACCCUUUUCUGUUUAGUUCUGAUGUGCACAUCACAUCAUCAGGUGUGAUAGCCUAUUUCAUACAAAUGUAUAAACUCACCUGGUAUGAAAUUAGGCUCAAAUAAAUGGUAGAAGGUUUAAUGCAGUACUGUGCAUUAUACCAAAAAAGGUAAAAUUAUGAAGGUUUUCUUAAAGCAUAAGUGAACUCUUUUAUAGAAAACAAACUGAUAAAUACAAAUCUGAGAGAUUAAAAAUGUCAUCUGAUUGGCUUUUUCCUGCUGUUACUCAGUCCUCCGGGGCUAUCGGUGUGAUUAAUGCAGAUCUGAGGGAAAAAAAGGGGGUGGGGGUUGGUUCCCGUUGUGUGUGUGUGUGUGUGUUUUUUUUUUUUUUUUUUUUUUUUUGAAAAGCUAUUAACACAUUUGUGACAGUUGGUGAGGUUUGUAAUUUUUGUAUGUAAAACGAAAAAAAAAUAAAAAUAAGGCGCAAUUUCAUGAAGGCGGUUGUUUUUACAUUACCCCAUUGGUGCUUGCAGACGGCUGUCUUGGCAAGUUGCUAUUUCAUUGGUCCACAAACAAGUACUGUGAAUUAAACAGUUAGGGUGCAGUGCUAUAGUUGCAGAAAAUGGCAAAAAUAAUAGAAUGGAAGGACGAACACAUUGUCAGAGAACUUGAGAAAGAAAUUAAAAACGAAUUUAGGUGGGACUGGUAAGAAAGAAAAGUAACAGUGUUAAUUGGAAAGAAGCAAGAAAAAGUAGAAACGCCCACAGGAGAAUGUACUCUGAAAGUUCAUGUACCGGGAAAAGUGCUAUGCACAUUUUGUUCAGACUUAAUACAUUAUGGAUGAAAAGGAUAUAAGGCGUUGGAAAGCCAUAUUCUCACCAGAAAACAUGUAGACAGAAUAAAUACUCGUCACAGUAACUAUAGCCUGUCAUCUGCAUUUUCUUUGCGACUUUCUGAUUUUAAAAAAGUUGCAUUUGAGAUCCAAAAGAGCAAGAACAUUAAAAGAAAAGACAUGUUGUACAACAUUUACUUCAGCCUUUGUGCACAGAUAAGAAAAAAUAGAUUUCACUUGAAACUAAAUAUAUGUUUUACCUCAGCUUUAUUUGACUGGAUACUUACAUCAAGUUUCACAGACUCAUCCUGACUUGGUAGGUGCUGUUUUGCUCACUCUCAAGUAUUGGCAUCUCUGGGUUUGUGAAACCAGCAGAUAAAGUUCACUUAUUAUUUGGUAUACAUUCAGGUGUAAUCUGAAUUUUAACUUCAUUCAAUUUGGGUUCCUGAGCAAAAAAUCCAAGAUGGCAGUGGAUCCCAGAUUCCUGCCACUUUUCAGGGUUUAUUUUAUUUUAUUUUUUUUACUUCUCACUUUCAUCUCUAAAAUCUGCUAUCAUUAGACAAGGAUUAGUAUUAAGUGAUUGUAUUUUUUUUUCUAUUUCCUUUAUAUAAGGGGGUUGGCAAUGUUAAUGUGAUUUUCUUUGGCUGUAAUACUGUGAACUCAGGAUUGUGUCCAUAAGGAAAAUAUUUACCUGGUAACUUUGUACAGUAAAACCCAUAACUUAGAAUAAAUUAUUUAUUGAGUGAAUUUAUGAAAAACAAACUUUUAUGGUUGAACAGGGCCAUGUAGAAUAACUCCAAUGGAUUUACAAUGGUUAUACAAAUGAUUGAAAAGCGUGUCUCACUUAGUAAAAGCACUGCCAUUUGGAGUGCAAGGUGUGGCAUGCGAUCAUAGUUCAAAUAAGGUGGAAAUGGCAUAUCCUGGGCCCCUCCUGAGUUGAGCUGAUUAUUCGUUCCUUAGGUUGGGAGAAAAGAGGCAAUUGACUUGAUCGUGGGAACCAAGGUCAUCCUUGCCAGUAUGUAAGUUCCUGGAGUGAGGUCAUGUUAAAAAUCAAAACAAAAAAUUACUAAACAGCUAAAAUGAUUUGAUUGGGAGGAACAGGUGCAUGCUGAUCCUAAACUUGUAUUGAUGCUUUUAUUUUUCCACAUUCAUUGAUUAUCUGUCUUGAAAAAGCAAUAAAUGAUCAAUGUCACACUGCAGGUAUUGGAUAUGGAAUAUGUAGCAGGAUUAUCCAUUUGUAUAAUAAAUGAUCAUUUUAUAUGUUGUCAGCAGCGGCGGUGACUGGCAACUUCCAAAAGAGCAUACAGUUACAAAUAGAGCACAUGAAAACUACAGUACCGGCACAAAUUAUGGCCACUGCAAAUGAUUUACAACAAGACAAAGGGUCGGGAUUUUAUUGCCCGGGUCUUACUUACUAAAUACCCUGGCAUCUCUGACUAGAUAAUCGUCUCCUCUUGAAAAAUAUAAUAAAUAUUUUAAUGAGUAAAAAGUCCGAGCGAGAAAAAAUGGGCAGUACAAGCCCCACCCUUAGACUUGCUGCAAAUCAUUUGUUGUUGCUGUAAUUUGUGCCAGUACUAUACAUCUGCAAACUGCAGUUCAGAACAAGAGGAUUACUGACAUUGGUUACAUUUUCAUCACAAACAUCUUUGAUGCUGCUUAUGCAUGUAAACAGUCUGUGCACGUGCUGGUGAGAUUUUACCCAGUUCAAGCCACCUACAAGCAUUUUUCCUCUGAGCUUUUAACCUUGAAUUCAGCUCUACCAAUGGCAGAUAAUCACACUAUUGCAUGAAAAGCUUUCAUUCAAAAGGUUGACUUUUUAAGCACCAUAUAUGACUGUCAUGGGAAACGACAGUAAAGGAAUAUACAAUUAUUUGGAUUAUUAUUCUUUUCACACAUCCCUUGCCUUAGUUUUAUUUCCUUGACCAAAAAUGUAAGAUAAACAUUAUAAAUUGUGAAGGCACUACUGAAAACAUAGGCUCAUUGAACCUUUUACAUGUUAUUUUUUUUAAUUUAUUGCUGUCCUGUGCUAUAUACAGUAGAUGCCGGUUAUUAGCAACCCUAAUAAAGACAACUUUCGGUUAUUAACAACAUUUUCCCCAGGAACCAAUCCCGUCCCAUAGACUUUAAUGUAUGUUAAUGGAAUUCUGAUAUUAGCAACAGCACGCCGCUUAUUGACAACUUUAUUAGUAGUUGCCAGUGCACGUCAUGCAGCUUUUUUAACACACUGACUUCACAACUGCGUAUUUGUGGCAGACUAAGGCAGAAUCGUAGCUUUGAAACUGGCUACGAAGCUGCACGCAAAAUUGACAUGGAUUUACAGCGGGAGGUGGUACAUUGUAAAAAGCAGAAAACGUUGGACAAUUUCUUAUUUUAAAAUUAUGUUCUUUAGAAUUGAUUGUAAGUACAACACAUAUUUUUUUAUGUUUGCUUUACUCAUUGUAAGGACAAUUGUAGUACAUCGUUGUGUAGUACUUUUUAAGUUUUUUUUUAAACAAGUGUGAAGUAAACAGUUCUGUUGUGGGUAUUUCGUGUUUCUCAUGUUAAUUUUUGAACACUGUAACAUUUGAAACGUAUUUCAGUGCCAUAUUUGUCCAACUACAGUAUGUAUCGUUGUUCCAUAUAAGUACACUUGAAAACAGGGGCUUUUCGCUUAUUGGCAACUUUCGGUUAAUGACAGCUUUUUGCUGGGAACUGAGAGGUUGUUAAUAAGCGGCAUCUACUAUAUAUGUGUGUGUGUAAAUAUCAAACAGUUUUAAUCUAAAUAAUCAUCAAACACUAAUGAUUAAUGUCCCUAUAGAUUGAUCAAAAAUAAUGUUCUGAUUUUGGUAAAUAAAAAGGGAUUUCACAAAUAUUAUGUAAAAGGCUAUGUGGUGUAUACCUGCUUUGUGCUUUAAAAUACUUUACCAUAAUUUUUCAUUUGAAUAAAUUGUCACCUACAUAAACAUCC